AUGAAAAUGUUUGUAGCCCUGUUCGCAGUGUUUGCCGUGGCCAGCGCCAUCGGUGACUAUCAUCACCACGAACCGAAGGGUGCACCGAUCAAGAUCGUGCACAGCGAAUCGUACCACGGACAUGACGGUAGCUACAAGUUCGGCUACGAGUCGGCCAACGGUAUCGCGGCCCAGGAGCAAGGAUUCGUCAAGAACGGUGGCAGCAAGGACCACGAGGUGCAGGUCGCCCACGGUUCGUUCUCGUACACCGACCCGCACGGUCACCCGGUGUCGCUGAGCUAUGUCGCCGAUGAGCACGGUUUCCAGGCGAAGGGUUCGCACAUCCCGACGCCACCGCCGGUCCCGAAGGAGCUGGUCGAUGCUUACGCCAAGGCCGCCAGCCAGCCCCAUUACGAGGAGCCGCAGCCUCACUACGCACCACAGCCGACGUACAAGCACUACUAA